GGGGGCGGAGUCACGGAGGCCCCGCCCCGCAGCCACCUGCGACAGGUGGGGCGCGCGGCGCCGGGCGCUCUACCAUGGCCGCGGAGAGCGCCGGGCCGGGGCCGGGGCCGGGGCCGGGGCCGGGAUCGGGAUCGGGAUCGGGGUCGGGAUCCGAACCCAGGCCGCUGUGCCCUGAGCACGACCAGCCCCUGCGCUGGUUCUGCUGCUCCGAGCGGCGGCUCGUGUGCGCCGCCUGCGCGGGGCUGGCCGGCCGCUGCCGGGGGCACCGCAUCCGCCGGGCCGAGGAACGCGCCGAGGAGCUGCGGAACAAGAUUGUGGACCAGUGUGAGAGACUGCAGUUACAGAGUGCUGGCAUCACCAAGUAUGUGGCCGAGGUCCUGCCAGGGAAGAACCAGAGAGCAGUGAGCACGGCCAGUGCAGCACGGGAACUGGUCAUCCAGCGGCUGGGUCUGGUGAGGAGUCUGUGCGAGAGCGAGGAGCAGCGCUUGCUGGAACAGGUGCAUGGCGAAGAGGAGCGGGCCCACCAGAGCAUCCUGACACAGCGAGCACACUGGGCCGAUGCGCUGCAGAAGCUCGACACCAUCCGCACCAGCCUGGUGGACAUGCUCACCCAUCUGGACGACCUCCAGCUGAUUAAGGAGCAGGAGAUCUUUGAGAGGACUGAGGAAGCAGAGGGCAUUUUGGAUCCCCAGGAGUCAGAAAAGCUGAACUUUAAUGAGAAGUGCACUCUCAGCCCACUACUGACUCAACUCUGGGCGACAGCGGUUCUCCAUUCCCUCUCAGGCACAGAGGACGUGCGUAUUGAUGAGAGGACUGCCAGCCCCUUGCUGCAAUUGUCGGACGAUCGAAGGACCCUGACUUUCAAUGCCAAGAAGUCCAAGGCCUGUGCAGAUGGCCUGGAGCGCUUUGACCACUGGCCUAACGCCCUGGCUGCCACCUCCUUCCAGGCUGGGCUGCAUGCUUGGACGGUGAACGUCCAGAACAGCUGUGCCUACAAGGUGGGCGUGGCUUUAGUCCAGCUGCCUCGGAAGGGUUCUGGCAGUGACUCUCGUCUGGGCCACAAUGCCUUCUCCUGGGUCUUCUCCCGCUACGACCAAGAAUUCUGUUUCUCGCACAAUGGGCAGCACGAGCCCCUGAGGCUGCUGCGUUGCCCGGCCCAGCUGGGCGUGCUGCUGGACUUGCAGGCGCAGGAGCUGCUAUUCUACGAGCCAGCCUCGGGCACGGUGCUCCACACUCACCACGCCGCCUUCCUGGGGCCACUCUUCCCAGUCUUUGCUGUGGCCGACCAGACCAUUUCCAUCGUCCACUGACCUUUGGCCAUGGGGAGGCCAUGUCUACCUCCCCACCAGCCUUUCAGGCCACCUCUCUAGCCAGUGUCCUUUUCCUAAAUGUUGCUUAUGUCGGAUGGGCAGCUUUGGGAGGGGGGGUGGUCUGUUUCAGACCUGGGCCUCCAUCUCCCAAACCCACCAGGCAUCUGCCCCUCUGAGGGUGUCUUGUUCAACACCCUCUCUAUAGCAUCCAGCAUGGUGCCUAGAGCAUAGUGAGUGUGCAAUAAAUAUGUGGCGAGUGAAAGGAUGGGAGGAUGGAUGGAUGGGUGGAUGGGUGGAUGGAUGGAUGGAUGGACAGGUGGAUGGAUAGGUGGAUGGAUAGACAGAUGACUGGGUGUUUUUGGUCGACUCUUCUGAAGCACUGCCUUACAGCCCCCUGCCCCCUAGCUUUGAGUGUGUAGGAAUGGUGCUCUGACCGAACAGCCUGUGGCUGCAGCUCUUUCAUCCUCUCAAUUCAGUGCUUCUCAGUCCUUUUCAUGACAUGGCACAGAGAGCAAAGAAGAUUCUUCUAGCACACAAGGACAAUCGGGAGGGGAUUUAGAACUCCUGCCAGGCUGCUCCUGGCCAGAGGACUCUGGCCUGGGGGCCUGUAUUCUUCCCCCAGGUCCUGCCCAGCCACUCGGAAGACCGAGGAAAUCCUAUCUCCAGGUAACCUGACGGCAACACACCCAUUGGCAGCUUGGCCUCCGACCUGGCAGCUGAGCUCCAGCCUGUGCCCUCCCGUGGUCACAGGGACGAAGUUGCCCCUGACUGCACCUGAUGAGUGUCCCCACCUAAUGGCCCCUCUGAUUUAAUGUGGAAACCUGGGGUGAAGGCUUGAAGCCAGAAAAAGCGGAGCGAGGAAGAGGGCCAGCCUUAGGGAACAUGGACAUUAUUAAAUGUUUUAAAAGAUUGAAAA